AUGACGAAAUUCCACCUGUGCAUUCUAAUCGGUGCUGCUGCGUUUUUGACCGCUGAAGCCCUUGAUUCACCGGAUUGCAACUUUGCCUGCCUUGAUGUGAUGAAGCCUGUGUGUGGAUCCGACGGCUACAUCUAUCCAAACAAAUGUUACCGCGAUCGUGCAAGCUGCGAAAGCAUCAAAGCUGGAAAGGGGGCAAUCACUGAAUGUGACCAAGCUUCCACAGCACCCAAAAAUUGUCCCGUAUGUCCCGUGUAUGAUGACCCAGUCUGCGGAUCGGAUGGAAUAACUUACACGAAUGUGUGCGAGCUGAACUGGACGAAAUGCCAACACCCCGAACUGAACUUAACACACGUUUUGGAUGGAACGUGCCAGCAAUUUUGCUCCACAAUAAAAUAA